CCCCCCCUGCUCCCUCCCUCUGGGUCCCCUGAAGCGGGCAAAAGCCCCGAGAAGCGGUGGAGUCCGCAGCCUUUCCCGCGGAGCGGAGAUGGGGAGUAAAGUGGCGGACUUGCUGUACUGGAAGGACACGAAGACAUCAGGCGUGGUCUUCACAGGCCUCAUGGUCUCCCUGUUGUGCCUCCUGCACUUUAGCAUCGUGUCCGUGGCCGCCCAUGUGGCCCUGUUGCUGCUCUGUGGCACCAUCUCUCUCAGGGUUUACCGAAAAGUGCUGCAGGCCGUGCACCGGGGGGACGGUGCCAACCCCUUCCAGGCCUAUCUGGACGUGGACCUGACCCUGACUCGGGAGCAGAUAGAACGUUUGUCCCAGCAGAUUGCCUCCAAAGUGGUCUCUGCGGCCACCCAGCUGCGGCAUUUCUUCCUGGUAGAAGACCUCGUGGACUCCCUCAAGCUCGCCCUUCUCUUCUACAUCUUGACCUUCGUGGGUGCCGUCUUCAAUGGUUUGACUCUUCUCAUUCUGGGAGUGAUUGGUGUAUUCACCGUCCCCCUGCUGUACCGACAGCAUCAGGCCCAGAUCGACCAGUAUGUGGGAUUGGUGACCAAUCAGUUGAGCCACAUCAAAGCUAAGAUCCGAGCUAAGAUCCCAGGGACCGGAGCCCUUGCCUCGGCAGCAGCCUCAGUCUCCGGAUCCAAAGCCAAAGCCGAAUGAAAAGGGCAUCUCUGUCCGCGGGACGCCUGCCCCCACCACCUGCAGCCCCCUGUCCCCCUCGGUCUCCCCCCAUUCAUCCCCACCCUCUUCCCUUCUCAGCCCCAGCCAUAUCCGGGUGGGUAUCUGGAUCACUCACACCAGGCGCCAAUUGCCUGAGCGGCCAGGACUACAUUUCCCAAGAGGCUCUGCUCUAGGAGUCCAGGAAAAGCGAGGCACCUUGGCCCAGGUCCUGCUGGUACUUGUAGUUGUCUAGCUAGGGCACCCGCCCUGCACUUACCCCGCCGCUGGAGGCGCCGGGAGGGCUUGGUGUCUUCUGGACGCUACUGGGCCCACGCCAGGGCUUUGCAUGGGGCCCAGGGGAGGCCUGAGCUUGGAUUGACACCGUAAUAAAGACUUCUGUGGAAACCCAA